CCAUUGUCCUCGUGGACUGCAGACGCAGCGGCUGGGAACAAGCAGGUACGAGAUUCAGGUCAUCUCGAUCCAGACGUGCAAACCUUUACCAUGAAGCUGGUAAUACUGGGGGCUUCUGGCCGCAAUGGCACGGAGCUGACAAAGCAGGCAUUGGAACAGUGCCAUGACGUCACCGCUCUAGUCAGGAGUGAAGAGAAGAUGAGAGAAAAGGUCCCGGAUGAGAGGCUGAAGGUAGAAAUUGUCAACGUGACGUCAGUAGAAUCUCUCACACGUCACUUCAAAGGAAAGGACGCCGUGGUGUCUACUCUUGGGCAUGUUGGAGAUCUUAAAGACACCGUGGCCAUCUUCAGCGAAUCCAUGAAGGCCAUCGUACCGGCUAUGAGGAACGCCAACGUCUGUCGUCUACUUACCUUGUCCUCAUGGUACACUUUCGAUGACCCCAAAGAGCCGACGCCUCCGAUGGUCCUUCAGUUUCUGGGUAAUGUGCUGAAGGACCUAGCCCAGAUGGAGUCGUACCUCAUGGCGGAGUGUGGCGACCUGGAGUGGACCUCGGCCAGGUUCCCUUUCCUGACGACUGGACCUGCCACAGAGUUACCAUUUGUGGAAAAUGAAGAUGCGGUGCAAGUCCACGGCAGUCAACGCUGCCGCGUGGCGCAUGGGGAUGUCGCAAGGUUCGUGCUGGCUACGCUGUCGUCCGGCAAGCACAAACGUAAAGCUGUUGCCGUCGCCACUCUCCCGAACUAAACGUUAACAACAGCCGUGUUGAAAACGACAUAACAACAACAGCGGCGGUGUACCUUCAAUUGUUAUAAUGUCACACUCCACAUUUCAAUAGGAAAACGUAAACUCAAUGUUCUUGUGAUUAUUAUGAACCACGUCGUUUAAGAAGUCACUAUGACAUAACCCAACUAUCCAACAACCAUCAGAAAGCCAUCUUUCUCUUAAAAUCACAGAACCCACAAAUCGUAGAAAAAGUGGGGCUUCCUCUGCCUCCAAAAGUAAAACCCAACUUGUUUUGAUAUUGAUAACAGCAGUAUUCGAAUACUAGUAGUCUAUUCUUUCAAUGUUAAGCACAUGCAUGUCUUCUAUGUUUCUGCCAUGUACUUUCAUUAUGCGAAGGGUUUACUCCACUAGUUUCUGCCCUAUAUUGAAACAUCGCCAUUAUGUCUGUGUUAUAAAGACGUACUUUGAUAUCAUUUACCACACUGUAAAGAAAAGGGUUUGCGCUAUCAUGAUGAUAUGAUGGUACAGACAUAUAGUUUCUUCUUUCUCCAGCUUUAACAGUGCCUAACACCUGUUGUACACAAUAGUUUGCAUGCUACAGUGUAUAACAGAACAACAUUUUGUAUCUUCCUUGAAAACAAAAGCAACAGUAAAUAGAAAUACAGGCAGAAAUCGUAUCUUUUUAAGCAUAUGACCAAAAUUGAACUUCUGUGUAAGAGGGGUAUUGUAUAUGGCAAAUCAUGAACAUGAACAGGGAAGACUCUGGGAACGUUAAUCAAUGAUUUUAAUAAAUACGGUUAUGUCAACAA